GCGAAUAUGGCGGUUCCUGCGACGACGAACGACUCUGAGAAAAGUGCUAAAAGUUAUGAAGUAAAAUGAAGACAUGUCAGGAAUCAACAUUUAACGUCUGCGGAAGAAUCCAGCGGAUGUUCGGUGAGGAAACGAUCCCGACAGAGACACGUACAGACGGCGCGGAGAGAGUUUACGGUCGCUUCAGAGACACGCGGAAGUGACGAGACUUUAAACAAACUCCAGCUAAACACUGAUCAAAGUCACUCAGACGGAGAGAUGCGUCAGGAUUAAAGUGUCUGAGGGAGUUCAGACAACCAGUAAACACCAUUUCACACCGACUGUUAAACCUUACCUGUGUUUAACUACCUGAACUUUCAUCUAAAGGUGUUUUUUUUUCGAGGAAAAACGUUAUUUACGUCAGUGACGUCGAUUAUUUACUCGUUUACAAAUGUGUAAGAAUAACCUUUGACUGACACUAACAGUCACUACCAAAAAUAUACUUGUUUUUCUUUUAUUAAACCGUGAGAUAUUUCCAGUGAUUAAUAAUAAUGAUUGACUACAGUUUAAUGCACAGCAUGAUAUUAAUCAUAAUUAUCGACAUGAUGAUGUGCCAGGAGCUCGUGACGUCACCGUGAUUGACAGGUCCGCCGAGUGGAUGUUUUCAGUGAGCUCGCGCUGGAGAGAUCUCAUGCACUGACUCUGAUUCUGAAGAGGCAUGUGUCUGUUCCUCACCUCACAGUGCACUGAGAACACACACACUGCUCUUUCACUUCUGUGCACUUUAAGCUUUCAAAGCUGUGAUCUGAAGUUAGCCAUCCAGCCGUCGACGCAUGACCCGCACAGAAGAGCAGACCGGACCGUGCUCAGUAACGUCCCGUGAGCUCUUAUGGGGCAGCAGCCUGGGAAGCUAGUCGGGGACCAGAGGAGACCGAGUCUGCCGGCGCUGCCCUUCAUCAAGGGAGCAGGGAGGAGAGAGAUGUCUAGACAGGGAGCGCUUCACUGCAAUGUGUUCACCGUCCACGAAGCGCUCCAGCGGCCGGAUUUCGAGGCUGGUCUGUCCGAGGCGGCGCGCUGGAACUCCAAAGAGAAUCUGCUGGCGGGACCCAGCGAAAAUGACCCCAAUCUGUUCGUAGCGCUGUAUGACUUCGUCGCGAGCGGAGAUAACACUCUCAGCAUCACCAAAGGAGAGAAGCUGAGGGUUCUGGGAUACAAUCACAAUGGCGAGUGGUGCGAGGCGCAGACCAAGAACGGCCAGGGCUGGGUUCCCAGUAACUACAUCACACCGGUCAACAGCCUGGAGAAGCACAGCUGGUACCACGGACCUGUGUCCCGAAACGCUGCGGAGUACCUGCUGAGCAGCGGCAUCAACGGCAGCUUCCUGGUGCGUGAGAGCGAGAGCAGCCCGGGUCAAAGGUCAAUCUCACUGCGCUACGAGGGACGAGUCUACCACUACCGCAUCAACACGGCCUCCGACGGCAAGCUGUAUGUUUCAUCAGAGAGCCGCUUCAACACACUAGCAGAGCUGGUUCACCAUCACUCCACGGUGUCUGACGGUCUGAUCACCACGCUGCAUUACCCAGCGCCCAAACGCAACAAGCCCACCAUCUACGGCGUCUCGCCCAACUACGACAAAUGGGAGAUGGAGCGCACGGAUAUCACCAUGAAACACAAGCUGGGAGGAGGACAGUACGGAGAGGUGUACGAGGGAGUCUGGAAGAAAUACAGCCUGACCGUGGCCGUCAAAACACUGAAGGAGGACACGAUGGAAGUGGAGGAGUUUUUAAAAGAAGCUGCGGUCAUGAAAGAAAUCAAACACCCAAACCUGGUGCAGCUGUUAGGUGUCUGCACACGUGAACCUCCGUUUUACAUCAUCACUGAGUUCAUGACCCACGGAAACCUGCUGGAUUACCUGCGAGAGUGUAAUCACGAGGAGGUCAACGCUGUGGUGCUGCUCUACAUGGCCACGCAGAUCUCCUCCGCCAUGGAGUAUCUGGAGAAGAAGAACUUCAUCCACAGGGAUCUGGCUGCCCGUAACUGCUUAGUUGGGGAAAACCACUUGGUUAAAGUGGCAGAUUUUGGACUGAGUCGCCUGAUGACUGAAGAAACCUACAUAGCACAUGUAGGAGCCAAGUUUCCCAUUAAAUGGACCGCCCCGGAGAGCCUGGCCUAUAACAAAUUCUCCAUCAAGUCAGACGUGUGGGCAUUUGGAGUCCUGCUUUGGGAAAUCGCCACCUAUGGGAUGUCUCCGUAUCCUGGAAUCGACUUGUCCCAAGUGUACGAGCUACUAGAGAAAGAUUACCGCAUGGACCGACCCGAGGGAUGCCCAGAGAAAGUCUAUGAGCUCAUGAGGGCCUGUUGGAGGUGGAACCCUGCAGAGCGGCCUUCUUUUGCAGAGACCCACCAGGCGUUUGAGACGAUGUUUCAAGAGUCCAGUAUCUCCGACGAGGUGGAGAAAGAGUUGGGCAAAAAGAGUAAGAAGCUCACACUGGGUCCGAUUCAGCAGGCUCCAGAACUUCCCACUAAGACGAGGACAUUGCGAAGACAUGCGGACAGCAGGGACGGCGACAGUCCGGACGCAGCAGAGACUGAAGGAACCGGGCUCCCGAUGCUCCCGAGGCCUGUCCUUGAUAGCUACUUAAACGAAGACGAUCGCCUCCUAGCCAAAGAUAAAGAUAAACUGAACGGAUUCAUUCGGAAUUUAAUCAAGAAAAAGAAGAGGACGGCUCCAGCACCCCCUAAACGCAGCAGCUCCUUCGGGAAGAUGGAUGGGCAUCUGGAUCGUAGAGGACUGGCUUCCGACGGCAGAGAUGAUUUUAACAACGGCGUUCCCACUAACGACGCCAUCGACUCUUCUAAAUUGGUCGGCUCCAACUGUACAAUGAUUGUCGGAGUCCCCAAUGGAGGCCCGGUUUAUCCCGGUCAGCUCUUUCCAUCUCAUUCACGUAAAAAAGGCACAACGUCGGUCGGCGGAGGGAAGCUUGCCACAGAAGAAGACCCCAUGUCAAACUCCAAGCGCUUCUUGAGGUCUUCUUCUGCCUCUAGCACGCCUCCAGGGUCCGAGCGCACCGAGUGGAGGUCUGUUACCUUGCCCCGUGAUAUCCAGUCGUCUCACUUCGACUCGGGAACCUUCGGAGGAAAGCCAGCUCUGCCUCGCAAGAAAGCUGAUUGUGUUCCCCGUGGUGGCACCCUUACCCCAUCACCCCACCAGAAAACCGACUCGGAUGCACCAGACGAAGUGUUUAAGGACUCGGAGUCUAGUCCUGGAUCAAGUCCUUUGACUCUGACACCAAAGCUCAGUCGUCGGACAGAAAGCUCCAAAACGAGCGCCUUGCAAGCAGAGCUGUUCAGACCCAGCGUGGGAGAUGAAUCCAGACCUCGUAGGCUCAAGAACUCUUCCGAAGUCCCUGGACAAAGAGACCGAGAAAAGGGGAAGUUUGUCAAACCCAAACCAGCUCCUCCUCUGCCUCCGGUCUCGAGCGGCAAAUCUGGAAAGACUUCGAGGAGUCCCACUUUUGAUGUUUCUGCGGACACCAAAGUCAAAGGCUCGUCUGAACACAGCCCUCCAAGUCCCGGAUCCGCAGAACAAGGCAAAGGCGUGAGCCUUUCCCAAGAAAGUGCUAAGAAAGUGCCAAAAAACACCUCAAAAAUGCAGCCCCCAAAGACGACUUCUGUAUCCCCAAGCGGUCAGCUGCCAGGGAUGGGAACGGGAUCGGCCGUCGGAGAUCUGGGAUCCAGCUUUAUUCCCCUCAUGACGACUCGCCGCUCGCUCAGGAAGACACGGCAGCCGUCGGAGCGGCUCUCUAACUCCUGCAUCACGCUCGAGAUGGUCCUGGAGAGCAGCGAGCUCCUGCGAGCCGCCAUCGGCCGUGUUUCGGAGCAGACCGGCACCCAUAGUGCUGUGCUGGAAGCCGGCAAGAAUCUGUCCAAGUAUUGUGCCAGCUACGUCGAGUCCAUCCAGCAGAUGCGCAACAAGUUUGCGUUCCGCGAAGCCAUCAAUAAGCUGGAGAGCAGCCUGCGUGAGCUGCAGAUCUGCCCCGCUGCCACCGGGGGAGCCAACACGCCUCCAGACUUCUCAAAGCUGCUUUCCUCCGUCAGAGAGAUCAGUGACAUUGUUCAGAGGUAGCAGAGAAGAGCAUGGGUGCCACCGCCGUCUUCUGUGUGUCUGGGGCUGCUCUGGUCAUGUGACCCACCUCAGCUCUUCUCAAGCCAAAGAGAGGAACGUUUCGGAGCGGUUCAGUGUCUUAUUACUGAGCUCAAGUGCAGGGGAACCGUUCCUCAAGAGUCUGCUUGGACAUCUUGAGCCCAGGAU